AUGGCUGGCAGAGCACAGUUUCUGAGGGAGUACAAGCUAGUUGUUGUUGGGGGAGGAGGUGUCGGGAAGUCAGCUUUGACUAUCCAAUUUAUUCAAGCCCACUUUGUAGAUGAGUACGACCCCACGAUUGAGGACUCGUACCGAAAGCAAUGCGUCAUCGACGAAGAAGUUGCCCUGCUUGACGUUCUGGACACCGCUGGUCAGGAAGAAUAUGGCGCCAUGCGGGAGCAAUACAUGAGAACCGGCGAGGGGUUCCUUCUCGUGUACUCCAUCACCUCCCGCAACUCGUUUGAGGAAAUUAGCACCUUCCAUCAACAAAUUCUCCGAGUGAAGGACCAAGAUUCGUUCCCUGUCAUCGUCGUCGCGAAUAAAUGCGAUUUGGAGUAUGAACGACAGGUUGGCAUGAAUGAGGGUCGUGAUCUGGCGAAGCACUUUGGGUGCAAAUUUAUCGAGACAUCGGCCAAGCAACGGAUCAAUGUCGACGAGGCUUUCAGUAACCUCGUUCGGGAAAUUCGCAAGUAUAACAAGGAGCAGCAAACAGGUCGUCCCGCAAUUGCUGGUAACGGCAGUGGAUCGACAGGAGGAUACCCAAAAGAGAAUGAAGAAGGGUCUCCUGGUUGCUGCGCGGGCUGCGUCGUUCUCUAAUCCUUUCGCAAUUCUCUACUCUCCUAUUUUUUUUUGUCACCGCAUCCUGUUAUAAACCCACCCUAUGCUGUAUCUCUCCUUCAUCUUUUAUUUCUUAUUUCUCAGUUACUUGGAACGGUUCAAAGGAAAACACUCACUGUUGGGGGGAAUUUCGCAAGUUGUGUAUGUACAUAAGUAGAUCAGGUUACAAUCCAUUCGUUUGACAAUUCAUUCACAAUUCUUUCUUGCAUUG